UCUUCAUCAGAUUCCCAUCAGCUCACUUUGGAUCCAAAUACAGUGAAUAAAAACCUAGUACUGUCUAAAGAGAACAGAGUGAUUGAAUACACUCGUCAAGAACAGCUGUAUCCUGAUCAUCCAGACAGAUUUGACGGUUUUCCUCAGGUGUUGUGUAGAGAGAGUGUGUGUGGACGCUGUUACUGGGAGGUUGAGUGGAGUGGUUCGGUUUAUAUAACAGUGUCAUAUAAGAGAAUCAGCAGGAAGGGACGGGGAAAGGAGUGUGAGUUUGGUUGUAAUGAUCAGUCCUGGAGUUUGUACUGCUCUGACUCCAGCUGGUCAUUCUGGCACAACAACGGAUGGACUAAAGUCCCUGAAGUGUCCAGCUCCUCUAGAAUAGGAGUGUAUGUGGAUCACAGUGCAGGAACCCUGUCCUUCUACAGCAUCUCUGACACAAUGACCCUCAUCCACAGAGUCCACACCACAUUCACUCAGCCUCUCUAUGCUGGGUUUUGGGCUAACAAAUAUUUGAAAGGACUAAUGUUUUCUUUUCAAAAGCAACACUCUAUGAUUUAA